UGAAUUUCAUUCGAUUUGAGUUAACUUUGGAGGAGUGUCGUCUUAUUAGGUCUUGUAAGUUAAAAAAAAAUUAUAUUCCCUUUUAUUAAUUAUCCAUCAGAGAUACUUGACCUCUACUAAUGUUACAGAGCAACCAACUUUAACAUUACUAAGAUUUAAUAUUGAAGAGCAAAAUCAAUAAAGAUGGAGACUUGGCUGAAAAUAUCAUCUCUUCUUUGCAUUUUUGGAUUUUUGAAGGAGUUUCGACCUUCAGAGCCUUAUAUCACGCCAUACCUGAUGAGCCCACGUAUGAACUUCACUCAGGAACAGAUAUCUCAAGACAUAUAUCCCGUAUCCAUUUAUGCAAACAUGCUAAGUUUAAUAAUAGUAUUUCUGGUGACGGAUCUACUGCGUUAUAAAAUUGUUAUCAUUGCUGAUGCCUUAAGUGGUGUUUUUGUUUAUUGUGGACUGAUACUUUUCAAAUCUCUGUUCGCAAUGCAGGUGGUGGAAGUUUUCUACGGGUUGUUUAUGGCCGGUGAAGUGGCUUAUUACACAUAUAUUUAUGCAAAAGUGGAAAAAGAACAUUUUCAAGAAGUAACAAGUCACACACGCAGCGCAUAUCUUGCGGGUCGAGCACUAUCUGGUGUCGUCUCUCAGAUCAUCGUUUACUUCAAUAUUAUGUCAUACUACCAUCUUCAGUAUUUAUCUCUGGGAGGCCUACUCAGUGCUUCGGUGUGGGCAAUGAUGUUACCGUCGGUGAAACAGAGUGUGUAUUUCCACCAGAACACAGUGACCCAGAGCUCAGUUGAUCUCAAUGAGCCCAUUGAUGCCACUGAUUCAAUGUGUAGGACAGAGACAAGGGUACCGCUGAGCUAUGCAGCACAACACCUGUGGUCCGACUUUACCGCAGCGUUCACAAAUGCCUAUGUGGUGAAGUGGGCAGUGUGGUGGGCCUUGUCCACUUGCGGCUACUGGCAGGUGCUUUACUACAUCCAACUUCUGUGGCAGACAAUCAGAAAGGAUAUUGGGGAUGAUGAGCCACCCAUGUACGGCAUUGUCGAGGCAGCCUACACUCUAAUCGGAGCGAUGGCAUCCAUGACUAUAGGAAAAGUGCACCUGGACUGGACUGUUGUGGGAGAGCCUGUGUUAGCUGUCGGUGCAUUCGGUGUCGCUGCAGUUCUCUUCCUCAUGAGUGGCACCCGCUCCAUGGCCCUGGCUUACUCCACUUACAUAUGUUUCACUGUUAUAUACCAUACUAUGAUUACUGUGGCCAACUCUGAAGUGGCUAAACAGGUCAACAGAGACAGCUAUGGUCUCAUAUUCGGAGUGACCACAUUCUUCGCCCUGCUUCUGCAGACUGGAUUGACAUAUGUUGUCAACAAAGUAUAUUUUUUACCUGCAAGAGAUCAGUUUGUUGUUUAUGCCAGUUAUUAUGGUAUCCUUGGAGUGUGUUUUAUGAUCGUGACCAUAAUCAGUCUUCUUCUCAGACACAGACAGAGAUAACAUUAGUAGAGGUGUAGCAUAAUUUUAAUAAGGAUGACUACGCAUUAGCAAAUUUGUCACAAGAGACUGAAACUACUGGAUAAUGCAAACAUGAAGGAGAUCAUUCAACUGACUUUCCACCCAGCAGAUGCUCACA